AUGUGGAAUUUUUCCUCUUGCGUCAAUCCAUUAUUGGACAGGUUACCUAGAACUAUUGACCAGACUGCUUUACAAGAUUCUUUUCUACAAAGUCUUGAAGCUAAGAGACUAGAAUGGACGAACGGUGGAACUACGAAACGACGUCGAACAAAACUAACUAUCACUCCUGGGAAAAGCGUAACUGAAGAAUUAACACGUUAA